AUGAAGACGUCGACACUUUUCAGCCUGCUUCUUGCCCUGCUGGUCGCCGUAGCCUCGUCUUCGCCGAGGUCAGAAAACGCAAACAGUCAGGCAUCAACACGGCGAGAUCUCACCAGCGACGCCCAGCUCCACACACAGCCGCGUCGAUCAUCACCAGCACCGCCACCGCCGGCUCUCCCCUUGACGCGCCGUCAACAAUCGCCCGGCGCCGCCUGCUCAUCGGAAGGACAGUGGAACUGCCUCACGCGCCAGUGGCAGCGCUGUGCCAGCGGACAGUGGAGCGUCGUCAUGGACCUGGCCGAGGGCACGGCGUGCGCGCCCGCCGGCUUGUCGGACGAGUUCCACGUCGAUCACGAGGGCCGCGGGGGCCGGAGCACCAGCAGCGCGGCGCCGAGCAAGGGAGUGCCGGGGCCGAGCACGGCGGCAGGACGAGGCGUGUCGGUGCUGCACGGGGUCACGGGUGUCUGCGUUGGGUUCGCCGUCUGGGUCGAGGCGAGGGCGUGGAUCUGA